AUGGAGAAUGUGGAUUCUUUGCGGAAGCAUUUCCUUACUCAUCCCCCUGAUGGCCUCCUCGAACCGCCAAAGCUGCCACCGCGGCCGGAUCUGUUCGAUGAGAUUCAAUGGCGUCCUCACGUGAACUCGAGAGAUGCACGGAUGGCACGCACCUUGUGGGACCUGCCGAAUGCUCGACUUCGGGCCUCCUUGGACAGAGUAGCCCACCCGUUCCCCCGUCCCGAGACCAGAGAUGAAGAAGCAGUCAAAGACACACACGUACUCGCCCGGGAAGUGUAUGACCAUUUGUUACUGGAACACAUGGUUCCGCUGACGGAGGCGGACUGGAAACAGAAAUGGGCUGACAUCGGACUGCAUGAAGCGACAUGGACGGCCCAGGAUCUCCUGAGGGCCUGGGGAAGAGAUGCACAAGCUGAUAGCCGUGUGAUUAUUGAUAAUGAGGAUGUGAUGACUUCACCGUACUGGACAGUUGUCAGACUAAGACAGGCACUCAGGGGCCGCGGACUCGCUGACACUGGAAGACGGGCCGAGCUACAGCAGCGCCUUUGUGACCACGAACGAGAACAAUAUGUCGUCUUGCCGCAAAGCAAUCUCUCACAUCUUGGCAUCGAUAAGAAAACAGGAUAUCCUUUUCAGCUGAAGCCAGAUGACGAAGUGAAACCGCUGGACAUGUACACAUGGGCCAUCAAACUGAGCCCGUACAACCCGACCUACUGGGUCAGCCGAGCAUACUGCCACUAUCAACAGGCCUUCUUCGAUCUUGCGAUUGGAGACGCUUACCGAGCCCAGCUUCUUUGCGAGGUGCUCGUUGAUGCUCGUGCCCGAAACCGUCAGCCCGGACUAUACACGCGAAUCUGGCACGCAAUCACCGAGCAUAUCCUCGCAGGUAUCAGCUCAGUCAGGCCAACUCUCCCGGAGGAAGUACUGAAAAUGCGCCAGCCCAACGGAGUAAACUACUUCGUACCGACCCUUCGGAAAGCCCUACACAACAUCAUCAGUCUCAGCCUCGCUGCCAUGCGAGCCCGAAAAGAUUACAAGUUAAUGGAAGGCUAUCUCACGGAGAGGGUCAUUAUGCCGGCCCGCGAUAUAAAGCCUUUCGAGCGUCGUUCCAAGGCUCUAAAGUACCAUUUGAAACCUACCCCGGCUGAGACGAAAGAAGAGAGACGAAAAUGGUUUCAUGAGAAUCGGGCAGGCAGUGUCCCGGGCAAAAGACAAUACCCAUACGAUUUGCGAGAGAAGGAGCGAGACAACGUGGACUUUGUCACCAAAUUGAACCAGAAAAUGUUUGAGGAAAAUAAGAGCAUGCCGUGGAAGAAAUGCAAAGUUGAUCGACUUCCUGGCAACACGAAAUCGCUAGGAAUCUUUGCAACUAAGUCCAUCAAGAAGCAUGAGCUGAUCUAUGCCGAGGAACCGUCGAUGAGGGGACAUAUCCAGGACAGGAGACCGGGAACCAAUGACCUUGACCCUGACCUGCCCGCAAUAGAAAGGUGCGACAAUUGCGGCAAAGAACUUAAUUGGACAGUUUCUAAGGGAUAUGAAGACCCAGACCGGGCCGUUCAAAUCAAGUAUGGGAGGGAUGAGGCUGCAUGUAAAUGCUGCCUUCAGGAAGAAGAUCGACUAUACUAUUGUGCUGUAGAUGAAGAAUAUCCAGAGAACAAGACAUGCUGCCGAAUCGCACGGGAGCUGUACCAUCACAAGGCAUGCGGGAAGAACUGGUUAUGGCUCAUGAAUGCAAUGCGGCCAUGCUUGAUGAAGUGGGGUCCUUCAUUCAAUUGCUUCAGCCACACAAACGAAGAACAUGGGACGGUGCUCAGUCUGCUACUCCGAGAUGUAUUCGACAUCACAUUGACGCGACGUGUGAGGAAGAAUGAUCCGGAGCUCAUGGCUCAUGAGGUUGACGAACUCGUCAUGCUGGAGGACUCGAAGGACUGGCAGGAUCCCCAGGCGGCAUUCCCGUUUACAUUUGCCGCAAACAUUCAGGUCCCAUUCGACAUCUUGAUGCAGCUAGGGGUGGACAUAUUCAGUGACCUCACAUUCGAUACGUGGGUUAUUCAGACUGUCCUGAAGAAGCUGAUGGUCAACGUUGUCCCUUGGGGCGACAUGAUGGACGACGCCAACGCAGGCGAAGAUGCAAGCCGAAAGAAGAAUAAGAUUGUUGACUCAAAAGUUAUCAGGAGCCCGCGUAGGCAAUUGAGUAUGGCAAAAUACCACAGGCACUUCCAAGCCAUGAACAUGUCCUUUCGGGUACUAUACUUGUUCCCGGGCUUCAGUCUCUUCAAUCAUGCCUGCCCUCCGUCGCACAACGCGGAGUGGGGCUAUGACUAUAAAAACAAUGCUAUUCGAAAUCGUGUGCUCGUAUGGGCCACCAAGGACAUAGCAGAGGGCGAGGAAAUCUGCAUCCCCUACACCAGAAAGAAGUUCUUCUCAACGAAGCGGAUGAGAAGGGAGCUCGGGCGCCGAUGCACAUGCCCAGAGUGUGGGAAUAUCCCAUCCGAUGCGAGCAGCGCCGACGAUUCCGACUACCAAUCCGAGUCCGACCACAAUGAAGACUACCUCACCGCCGACGAAGGAGACGACGGUGACCACGGCAGCAACGGCAACAACGGCGGCGGCGGCGAUGGACGCGGAGGUAAGCGACUCCCUGAGGACGAUAACAACAGGCGGUCCGAGUCGCCUCAACCAGGAGAUCGCCACAUGGCCCGAAAGACCGGCCAGGUGCGUCCUGGUAUCGCAGAGGUCCCCGUCGUGGUCCCCAAUAAGCCUCCAUACGAAACACUCGCGACGGCGAACAACAUCCAUCCAGGUCCAGAGACGAACGUGGCCAACAAGCAGCCCCCGCCAACGACCGCCAUAGAUCCCGGGCCGGGGACGAACACUGCCAACAAGCAACCUCCACUGACGGACGCCGUGGAUCCUAGCUUGUAUGUGCACAUGGCUGACAAACAACCCCCGCCUGCGAACGCCUUAGAUCCCGCCCUGCGGAUGACCAUGCCCACCACGCAACCGCCGCAGGCGGAAGACGGCUUUCCCAAACUGCCAUACUUGAAAGAUAUGGUGUCUCAGGUACAGCCGCGGCGGCGCAGGCGCCUGGCAAUCGACAUGAUUGAAGAGGAGGAAGUGGAAGCGAAGAAGCCUCGUUACUCCGGUUCUGCUUAG